CGGCUCGGACCUUCUGCCCUUCUCCAAGCUCUAAGCCUCCAGAAAUUAUUACAUGCGGAUGGGGAAGCUGAGAUAUUAGCCAUUCUUUGAGCUCUAAGCCUCUAACCCUCGUCCAUGGACACGAAUCGGCCACCCGACACGCUACCGGCCAACCGGAGUUUCGGAGGAGGCCAGAUACCGCCAAACCCUCGUAGUGCCGGCCACCGGCGGUCUCAUUCCGAGACUUUCGUGCGCCUCCCCGACGACUUGCUCUUUGACUCCGAUCCCGAUUUCAACAUCUCAGACAUCGACUUGCCAUCUCUCUCAGAUGACAAUGUUUCUGGCGGAAGUGCCACUGUGGCUCCGGCGAUCCCAGUUGAAUACGGUGGCAGAUCGGACGUCAGGGAGGCGCAUCCUGGUGGUAGGCCUGCCGGAGUUGGAGCUCAUUCGAGGAGCAUGUCGGUCGACGCGGCGUUCUUCGGGGCGAUGGGGUUUCAGGAGGUUGGUGCUGCCUUCGGCGUGGCGCCGGAGAAAAGGGCGCAUCAUCGGCACAGCAGCUCCAUGGAUGGGGAAACGUCGCCUUUCGAAGAAGAGUCCACGGGGUUGUCGGAUUAUGCGAAGAAGGCGAUGUCAGCGGAUAAGCUAGCUGAGCUGGCGCUGAUUGAUCCUAAGAGAGCCAAGAGAAUACUCGCGAACAGGCAAUCUGCAGCUAGGUCUAAAGAAAGAAAGAUCCUCUACACUAGUGAACUUGAGCGCAAGGUUCAAACUCUUCAAACAGAGGCUACUACUCUCUCAGCGCAGGUUACCCUGCUUCAGAGAGAUACUACGGGUUUAACAUCUGCAAACAGGGAGCUCAAACUGCGUUUGCAGGCUAUGGAAGAGCAGGCUCGACUCCGAGAUGCUCUGAAUGAGGCAUUGAGAGGAGAAGUUCAGCGGCUGAAGAUAGCAACUACACAGAUUCCAAACGGUAUUGAAAACACCUUCAAUAGGAGAUUUGAGCAGUCAAUCUCUAUCUCUCCCUUUUAUGCUCGUCCUCAACAGCUUCCAGGCCAAAGUGGGAACUUGCAGGCUCAGCAACUCCACUUGACUAGCCCUCUUCUAUCCUCAAAUGGCCAGUCAUUCAGUGAUCAUAAUCUCCAUGAUUCCAUGGAGCUCAUGUGAUGAUGAUAAUUCUUACCUGCUAUCAAAGUUGUGUUAUAAUUAGUUGUUGAAUGUAAAUGAAGUUCUUUGUUGUUUAAUUAUCAUUGAUUAUGAUUGUACUGCUUAUAACUAAAGCGGUUGUCUAUAAUAAUCAUAUCAUAUAGUGAUAUAGUGAUAUGCUUUCUUUCAUACACUUAUGUUUAGGAUGAAUUUUUCUGUGCGGACACCGGACGGGUAUAUCCUUCUGGUUUGUCUCUAUGAACAGUAUUUGCUAGAGACAAAAUCAGACAGUUUUUCUCGUCCGGUGUCCGCACAGAAUAAUCUUUCUAUGUUUAGAGAUAUACUUUACUUUUUGAAGGGGGUGGGUUGAUGUGAUGAAUUAUUUUUGUACCAACACUUUUUGUUCUAUUUAUAAUAUAGUGAUUUGAAUGUUUCCA